GGCGGGGGGGGGGGGGCUCUAGGCUCUCCCCCUCGCCUGCCUCCCCCACCCCUCGGCGAUGGUGGCCCCCUCGGUUGAGAGAGAUGAAGGAAGGGUCUGUUGUUCGCUGGGAAGGGGCCUAGGCCGUGGUCUUCGCAGGUUCAGGAAAAGGCGGCUAGUGGCAAGAGGGUUAAAUAAGCCACCCUCCCUAAACGUGCUUGGCCCUCUUUGGAAAUAUAGUCUAGAUUACCGCUCCCUCUUCCGUCUGUUUUUGGCCUGAUUCUUCCCCCCUCCCCAUAGAACAGAGGGAUGCGCUAGUCUAGUUGGCUUAGGAGUUCUCCUUUUCUGAGCUGCGCUCAGUAUUUGCUCGGUUGCACAAUCUCGUGAAAGCUGUUUAUGAAUAAGGCACCGUUUAAUAGCUGUGGGGUGCUGCCAUCACCUUUAGCAAUGUAGGGAAUGUAGGUGGGAGGCCGAAGGUUGCUGGAGUCCUAAUUGGGCAGAUUGUGUACUAAAAAACGAGCGCGGAUGAAUGCAGUGUGGCUUCUUCAAGCAGGCACAGGAUUGGGCCUGUGGAGGAGAGCUGGUCUUGUGGUAGCAGGCAUGAUUUGUCCCCUCUGCUAAGCAGGCUCCACCCUGGUUUGCAUUUAAAUGGGAAGCUACAUGUAUGAGCACUGUCAGAUAUUCCCCUUAGGGGAUGGGGCCACUCUGGGAAGAGCGGAAGCUUCCAAGUUCCCUCCCUGGCAGCAUCUCCAAGAUUGGGCUGAGACAGAUUCCUGCCUGCAACCUUGGAGAAGCCGCUGCCAGUCCGGGUAGAUAAUAUCGAGCUAGAUGGACCAAUGGCCUGACUCAGUAUAUGGCAGCAUCCUAUGCACCUAUGCCUUUUGUUAGAAAGAACAAACGUCAUAGAAGGGACCAAGAGCACAGUAUACAGUGUUUUGAGAGACACGUCUGGGUGCCCAAGAGUACUUUGGGCUUGAGUUUCUCAGACAACCUCCAGCCCGCCAUGAUGCAUUGCAGAGAAAGUCAGACGUUGUGGGGUGCUAUAGACAGGUUUGUUUUUAUAAUUAUUGGUGUCCACCAUGCAAAGCGUUUUUUGUUUUUUUUUAAAUCCACUGCUUAGCAUAGCCGUAUGGAUCCUAGCCUGCAUUUUUAGCCAAGGGUCAGCUGGAGCGUCAGGGGACGGACCCGAGUCACCGCAAGCUCGAGGGGCGACUGCAGCACACAGAGCGCUGGCUAGAGAUCCCUCUGCAUGCGCCAUCUCCGUUGGCCUCCCUGCAGGAGGAGGCGGGUUUUCUUUGGCUUGGCAGCUCCCGCCCUCGCCUGCCCCUCCAGUCAUGGUGGGUCAUUUGCACCUGCAAGGAAUGGAAGACAGCCUAAAAGAGAAGAACCGGGAAGGCUUGCUGGAUAGCCCGGAUUCGGGGCUGCCGCCCAGCCCCAGCCCACCUUUCUACUCCUUGUCUCCGGGCAUCGUUGAAAACAGAGCAGGAGGCGGCAGCAGCGGCAGCGGCACUGCCGUGGAGAGCCCGGGACAUGGGCCCAGAAGGGACGGCAGGGAAGGGAAAGUGAUCCCUUACCUUCUUCUGAAUGCCUCCCCAUCAGAAAUGAGGCCUCGGAUGUACCCUGUGUUUUUUGGCGAAAGCAUAGAAGUCAACCCUGAACCGACGCAAGAAAUUAGGUGCAACUCUGAGGUAAAAUAUGGCUCCGAGAGACAUUACAAGGAUGACAUUUUCUACUGCCCAAUGCCCACUGUCACCACAUACAGCGAGACCGUCAUUGCUGCACCCAACUGCACAUGGAGAAACUACAAGUCCCAACUUAUCUUUCAGCCCCGCCAGAAGCCACUGAGAUUCCAGAGCACAACGAUCAUCUUCCCCAAACACGCAAAAAACAUUUACCGGACCACACUCAACUACAACCUGGGGUGUGCCAAGCGGUGGUUUGCCUCGAGUGUGCAGCUAGAGCUGUGUGAAGAGAACAGUCCCUGUAUUAUCUACACGGAGAACCUUUAACGCAGUAUUCUGUCUUCUGGUGAACUCCUGACCACAAUGUAAGGCUGAGGCCUGCAUUGGAGGCAAAGUCUUUCUGGACUAUCUUUGGCCAAUGGCCUCCACUAAAUAGCACUGGGGCCAUUACUUUUCACACAAGUCUUGGAUGUACACAGUCCAAGUGGUUUUCUCUGCUCCAAGAAGAAGCCAAGGGAGAUAUUUUCAUGUGUGAAGUGCCUGAGAGUUUGGUUUUUAUUCCUUUAACCCUUUAAUCCAACCUAUUUAACUAGCACUUAACAUGCAAACUAAUAGUGAGGGCCUUGAGUUGCUCAGUUGCCAUUUUUAAAAAAUGUGCUGCUUUUUAUAGGUUUGUGGGAGGCCCUCUGUAGAAUGUAGGAUGCUGCUGAGCCUUUCUUUGGAGAGGAUGGUCUCCAGUUUGGCAACUUAGCUUCAAAUAGGCAUCAAAUAGGUAAUAAAGGUAGUUCUUAGCCAUAUUAAACAUUAAUUUCAUCAUGAUAAUUUAUCUGGAAAUUGAAGCUCAGUGAUUAUGGUGCCAUGCUCAUGGUUCACUCGUGGAUGUUGCCACAGAGAUGAGGAUGGAAAACAAAAAUGGCGCCCGCCCCCCCCGCCUCCACUUCAACUGCUGAGUUACUAAACCACCAUGCAGGGGCCAUUUUUUGAAACCAGGAGUUUACAUGCCUUAGUGAGGAACUGUGUUUAUAGAGGAAGCCAAAAAGAAUCUUUUGGCAAUGUCCACCUUCUUGGGUGGAUGUAACAUAUGGAAAAUAGCUGGAAGUUCAGUUUGAUGUUGUAUGGGGAAAGAGUUUAUAUAUGAACUCAUUGCUGCAGGAGGCUGAAUUUUGACAAUCAUUUGUGCUAAAGAGUUGUAAGAUAAUAGCUUUUUAAGAGACAAUGUUUGGGACCAAAGGCCUAUUUUACACUCUAUGAUAAAAGGAUUGUAAACUCAGGUCAGGGUUCCCCAAAUGUGGAGCUUGGCUCUCUAGGAUUCACUAGAAGAAAUUGCAUGUGUUUGGACAUACAAGAUCACAGAUGUGGCCUGAAGUAAAUGUACUGGAGAGGAAUUGACUGCAUAGGAAAGAAGGGAAGGGACUUGAAAUUGGCAGCUUAAUGGUGCGAGCUGUUGUGCAAUGAAAGAAAAUUGUGCAAGCAUUGUAUAACAAUUCGAUCACCAUUAUGCUGCAUAGAAUAGAAGGCUUUUGAAUGAGGAAAAAUGACCGAUUAAACCAAAUGCACAUGCAAUGUGCAAUUAUUUGGUCUACUGCUUAGACAGAUUGUGCUUUGAAUGGAGAAUGAUGUUACACAGCUAUUGCCACAACAUGUUUGUGGGAACAAAGCCUCAGGUUUUGAGGCAUUGUUUAUCAUUUUCCCACAGUUGAUCAAAAUUUGAGAGAUUAAGUGAGAGUCACCUCACUGCAGGACAAUCAGUUUAUCAGGAGGUUACAGAAAUUGACCACUUGGUAAAUAAUAUGAGGAGAAUUUUGUAAAUUUACCUCACGUUUGUAAAUUUACCUCACAACAGAAAUGGGGGGAGGCAAAGGGGACAGCACAGUAGCAAAAUCCUCCUGGCAAGACAUUAAAAGAGUCUUAUCUUUGCCCCCCCUCCAACAUGCUUAAAAUAUGGACACACCAAGAGCAAAACUAAUCUUUGCCAAAAUAAUAACUGAUACUGGAUUAUAUGUUGCUAGAUACUGAAGAAUUCCAAAUAAAAAUGAAGCUUUGUGCAUGACAGAAGCCCUGAAUGUUAGAGAUAGGAAUUUAGGAUUGCUUUGUCUAUGCUAUGUUUUGGAUUAAUUGCUAUUAAUUUUGCUAGCUGCAAAAUGAAACGUUAUUCAGAUUGUAUUUUGUACAUUUAAGGGAACUACUUGUCCUAUUUUACAGGUCUCCUUUGGGAUGGGAUAUUAUUUUUAAGUGACAGAUCUUUAUAUAUUUAUUUUUCCCCUGGCGAUUGCCAGCUGUUCAAUCGGAGUAAAAGAAGCGAAACAUUUAAAAAUAGUCACAUAAAGUCUUGCAGCCUUGCUUGCCUUUUCUAUCAUGCCAAAUUAUACUUAUAUAUUUAAUUGAAAUUCUUUAAUUCUAAAACUUUUUAUUUUUCACCACACCGUACGGAAAUGGAACAUGGACACUUUUAGAGACUGUAUUUUGUGGAAACUGCUUGUGUGAGUGGGAUGAGUAUGUGAAGCUGUCUUAUAUCGAGUUAGACCAUUGUCUAAUCUGGCAAGCAGUAGAUUUCAAGGUCUUGGGCAGAGAAGGGUUUUCCCCAGUCUUGCUAGCUCUACACAGAACAAUGGCCCCUUUCCUCCUGGAAUUUUCUUCAGCUCCCACUGCUGAAGAGGCAAGCCACCCAUCUGAGCAUACCACAGCAUAAGCAUUGUGAUUUUUCUUUUCUCUCCCCAAGUUAUCCUUCUUUCCCACCAGAUUUGGAAAUGGUUUUUGUAUAGAAAGCAGAUGGGACGGGAAGAUAUUUGUUUCAUGUUUAGCAUUACUGAGGAAAUUGCUGCGUGAAAUCAACCAGUCUGUUUCUUUGCUUAUAUCCUAAGUUUCUUUUACUGUAUUUUCUUUUUUAAACUAACAUUUUGUGUAGGGACAAAGAGGGACAACACUGUUGAGCAUUUCUGCUUAGUUGUAACAAAACGUACGUAUGUGAAAGUAGCAAAGGUAGUGAUAGGAGAAAAGGUAAACUGUCAGUGAAGACAAGAAAAGUGUGUGUGUUCAGCAAUUAAAGCACAAGUAGCACAGAAUGUGAUAUUGGUUGUAAAAAUCAUUUCUUGAGAAUUUCAGCUCUCAUUGUUUAAGGGGCAGGGGGAAUUUUCUAACCCAUAUUGUAGAGUCUGAACCACUCUGUGGAACACAUGCCUUGGAUAAAACAGGCCUCUUAUUGCCAAAUCAACACAUACAGAAGCCCGAGAGAAAAAGGUUUUUAAAUCCACAAUGUUGGUAGCAAAAGUCCAGAUCUAGAUCCAGCUUGAGAAAUUACUCUCCCCCGCCCCUACAUUUUUCCUCCUCAUGAGGCAAGACAGGCUUUUUAUAGGCAUACUCCAUCUCCACACCCUUCUCCAGGUGGUUUAAAUUACCACACACAAAACAUACACAAUAAACUGCCUAAAACACUGCAGCAUUUUUAAAAAUGCAAACAUUUAACAAAGGAUAUAAUCCCCCAAACAUAUUUACACUGUUGUCACACCUUUGAGGUUGUGACAAUAAGGCCUGCUAGGUGUGGUGCGAUUGACAAGUUUGUUUGAAGCUGCCGUUUCUUUUCUGAAAAGCAGGUGUGGUUCCCCUAAAUCCCCAAAUCCAACAGUACUGCCCCUUAGAUAUGGUGUUGUCCCCUUUUCAGAUGUUUGCCCACCAUCAGUAGUUAAAGUGUGUGUUGAGUCAUUGUCGACUCCUGGCGCCCACAGGGCCCUGUGGUUGUCUUUCUUUGGUAGAAUACAGGAGGGGUUGACCACUGCCUCCUCCCAUGCAGUUUGAGAAGAUGCCUUUCAGCAUCUUCCUAGAUCGCUGCUGCUACAUGGUUUAAUACUGCAGUGCCACUGAAGAAAACUGCUAGCGUAGUAGAACAAAUUAGGACAUUGUGUAUUUUAAACAAAUGGAAGUUUCUCCACUGUGUUAGACACCAGGGCCUGGUUGUAAUGAUGUUGUGAAGCUAAAUGUUUAAGAAACCCUUAUGUGGUGUUCCACAUGGACAGCCAGAAGUGCUUUUACCCCUGGACGUCCGGGCCGAAGUCCCGGAAGUCCUCCACGGGCCCUGGGACCCCCCCAAAUCCUCUUUUGUCUGUUCCGGGUGGUGUGGUCACCCAAUGGAGCACGGCAAUGCUUAAUUUGCAGCGGGGGGAGCUCCAAAGGCCUUUAGGUCCAGGCUCCAAAAUUACCUAGGUGCACCUCUGUGGAUAGCCUCUUGUUCUGGGCCCUCAUGCUCUUCAUAUUUAGCAUUAAUAUGGUAACCAUGCAACUUGGGCAGGCCCAGCAGGGUCUGAGGCAGUUUCUGGGGAUUCAGGACCUCAGCCCUCAGGGAGAAUUGGGCCCAGACACUAUUGUGUUGGUGGCCACCAUUCCCCCCCACGCCCCGUCAGUGGAAAUGGUGUAGUAUUGUUCUGGGGCAUUGUGUGGAGAAAAAGUGGGGACUGCCAUUUUCUCUCCACAAUACCCUAGAGAGGAAAAUGGCAGCUGCCCAAAUGAGCAACAGAGACCUGCUUAGGGUUGCCAACUCUCCGGGAAUCAGAAUUCAAUUUCAGCAAAGACUGAAAAGCAAUCCUGGAAGGUUAUAAUCACAAGAGCUGAGGAAAAUUACUCAAAGUAGCCCCACUGAAAUAAAAAGGACAAGUUAUACAUUGCAUAUGUGGACAAGGUGUGAAGAUAGGAGUUCCUGGUUUAAACAAGACACUGACUAGUCACAGGUACAAUUUUCUGAGCAUGUUAGACAUCAUGUUAAUUUUGGGUGGGGGGGGCUUUGAUCAGUUGGAUUGGUUUUAAAUAGUUUAGGACACUUCUUUUCAUGUGCACAAAAGCUGCAUCAUCUGUUGAAAAUGGAAGUCACAAUUCAGUGUAUGAAGAAGGUAGUAGAAGUUAACUAGAUGGUCAGAGGAGGAUACAGAAGAUAGUUAGUGGCUGUUUGGACAUAGAUAUGUAAUUAAUUAUUUUUUAUUUUUAUAGCUCUUCUCUUUCUAAGCGCUUACAAAAGUAUUUCUGCUGUUUUAUAUUUGCUGUGACAAGGUAUUUCGCAGUGCCUUUUUAUUUUUAUAUCGAUAUAAAUAUGUAUUUUCCCCACCUCUCUUUAAUAAUGCCUUUCUGUUCAACUAAUAGAAAAUAAUUUAAGGAUUUUAAAAAUGGCUAAAAAUCUAUAUGUCUUAAUAAAAUGCUGGGAUGCUUUCA